CCUUCCUCUGCCGGCUGGCCCCUCCCCCGCCUGCUGCUGCUGCAGAACACCGCGGUGCCGCAGCAGUUCAGGGCGAGCGGAGAACAGGUGAGUUGGUGCUGCUGCAUGGAGACUAUGCUGCCUGGUUGGACGAGCGUCCUGAUGCUGCUGCUGCUGCUGCUGCAGGCGGCCGGGAGCCGGGCCCAGAGCGGGGACCGCGACCCGGACUCAGAACCGGGCCUCAGCUGCAGCUCUCACGUCAGCAUCUGGGCGAACAACCUGACCUGCCAGGUGCUGGGUCACCAUGGAGACGAGGACGACGAGGACGGAGACAGAGACGCCAUCGACAAGAUGAUCGUGUGCCAGGUGAGGAGGCAGAACGACCGGACGGAGCAGAGAUGUGUGAGGGCCCGGGGAGACACGGUGAGCGGUCUGUGUCCGGUGGCCGUCGCCAACGUGACGGUCCACCGGCGGGGAGGAGGACGGCUUUCGGCCACCGUCCUGCUGCCGAAGAUCGUGAAGCCCAGAAGUCCGUGGAUCGUCAACGUGACGAUGGACCAGGUGAUGAACCGGGCAGUGAUCCACUUCCAGAUCCCCUACAGCAGAGAUUACCUGAACCUGAACACCCAGAGCUUCCAGCUCCACCUGCAGACCGACGGCAGCAGCAUCACCCAGAACGUCUCGUCUAAGAACUUCCUGCAGAUUGACAAGCAGCACCUCCGUCAGGACUCUGAGUACCGGGUCAGGGUCCGGUCCAUCCCGGUCGGAGCUCUGCAGGGAACCUGGAGCGCCUGGAGCCCCGAGUUCUCCUUCCGCACGCCGCCGGAAGAGAAGCCGCUGAGUCCAGUUGAGAUGGAGCGGACCGUCCCCGGACUCGUCCUGAUCUCCGUGUCUGCGCUGGUGGUUCUGUGCGGCGGCGUUGUCGUCUGGAAGACCGGGAUCUUCUCCUACAUUUGGCCAAGCAUCCCGCACCCCAAGCAGGCGCUGGUUCAGAUCUGCAAACCCAACAAGGGCCUGCUGCUAGACCUGCACCACGAAGUCUUCAGCUCCCUGCGCGUCCUGCCGCUGGAGAAGCUGCAGGCGGAGGAGGCGGAGCCACGUAGGAGGUCAUCCGGAACCGGGACCGGGUCCGACGCCGGGUCCUGGCCCGAGACCGGAUCCGAUGCCGGUUUCCAGUCUGGCUCCUCCCACAGCAGCGCCUCCAGCGCCGGCACCGAGGAGCUGGAGGUCUCGGCGCUGCUGAGCGGCGAGGACGGCUGCGUCCCCGGCGACGUCCCGUCCCCCGGCGACGUCCCGUGGCGCGAAGACGAGUCCCAGAACCUCCUGGCCCGGCGUGGCGGCCCGGGACAGGAGGAGGCCUACGUCACCAUGUCCAGCUUCUACCAGAACCAGUAGCACAGCGCCACCAGCUGGUCGACCGACGUCUCAUCUGAGCCUCUCAUACGACCUUUGACCCUUUCUCAGGCAUCUCUGUUCAUUCAUCAGGGCUCCUCUCAGUAUUUGACCUUUGACCUCACAUUGCUGCUUCUUGACUGGACCCGGUCAGUGGGAUCCCAGUCCCCCAGAACCUGAGAACAACCAGUUCCUCUUACUGGUCCCAACCCUCACAUUCACACUAACAGGACGAGUCACAUGGCCGACAGCAGCCAAUCAGAGCCCAGCUUCUCCUCUGACUGUCUCUGAUUGGCUCAGGAAACGAUUUGAUUUUAGUUUGAUUCAAUAACAGCCUGAAUGAGAAUAAAUAUCAUUUCAUUUGGAGAAUAAAGUCAUAAUAUGAUCAGAAUAAAAAGGUAAAACUAAGAGAAACAGCUGAGAUAUUAUUAGAUAAACGGCUCUGAUUGUCUGACGCUGAUAUGAUAAAACAUGAAACAUUUGAUAAAAUCCAUAAAGAUGUUCCUCAUUUUAACACAAAGAUAAAAAAAACACUUUAACUCUAAAAAAAUCACAACAUCAUUCUGACAAAAUGACAAAUUUAUUGUUAUUAUGGCUUUAUUCUCAUGUUGUUUGUAUUAUCAUCAUUAUUAUUGUUUAUUAUCAUUAUUAUUAUUUUUUAUUAUCAUUAUUAUCAUCGUUAUUAUUUUUUAUUAUCAUGAUUAUCAUCAUUAUUAUUUUUAUUAUCAUGAUUAUCAUCGUUAUUAUGUUUUAUUAUCAUUAUUAUCAUCAUCUCCUGUUGUUAUGACUCCAUGCUGUUUAGUUUCUGUCUCAGACUGGACCUGCUGCUGGUUCUGAACAUUUGGAUCAAACUGGUUCUAAUGCUUUCACAGGUUCUGCUGUAGGUCCAAAUGGACUUUGGUUUUCCAUGAAACUCAGUUAAACCAGAAGGUUCUGUUGGUGGAACAUGGCAGCAGAACCAGAACCAGGUGGUCCAUUUGACCUGUUCUGGUGGUUCUGGACCCAAAGUUCUGAUUUCAGCAGGGAACCUAAGAUACCCAAUCAGAACCAACCCGAAGGUUCUGAGGGAACUGACCCAUCAGAACGGUUCCUCUGGUUCUGAUCCGUUCAGUUCAGAUCAAAGGUCAUCUGAAGGAACCAAAGAAUCAGCAUUCAGUCCGAUCAUUUGGGUCAGAACCGGGUCAGUCAAUCACAGUACAGAUUUGGUCGAAGUGAUCAUAAAGGUCGUUUCCAUGGAAACCAGCUGGUUUCCAGCUAAAUUCAGCCUCCAGAACCUUCAGAGUUCUACAUGUUCUGUUGUUUGACCCAGUUCUGUUUGGGUUCUGGUUCCUAACAGCAGUAGAACCUGUGGAAACAUCAGAGACCUUCUUUAGAAGCUGCUCCCAUCCGGACCCGUCCAGAACCUGCUGCUGCUGCAGAGUCUCGUUUCCCCUGCAGCACUCAAACGCAUCGCGUGCCUAGUGGGGACUUCCUGUUGCCACGGCGACCUGUUUGUUCUGAUUGUGGUCGAGUCGGGUCGGGUCGGCGCUGCUGAUGUAAAAUCCGACCCGGUCCAAAUAUCACGAGCAUCCAGACCAGAAUGUACGACUCUGCUUUGUUUCCUUUAAUAUUCUGUACAUACUGCCAGGUUUGAACUAGGACCUUUAUUUAACCGUCAUUAACCAGUUAUGGAUUAUGAACAAGAAAGUAAACAAUGAAAAGUUUCUGUUGAAAUAAAACUUCAUAAAGAUGGAAA